CUGCAGAAGUACUGUUAUUAAAAAUUAACAUAUUAACACAUUAAUAUGAGAAAGUUGAUCCAAAGUCUUUGGAACUAUAUUACAGACCCUUGUUAUGCUCUUACUGUUUCUAGUUCGCCAGUGCAGUUAAAUCAUAAAUCAGAUACUUAACACUUGGAAAUGACAGAUUUCCGAAUUGUAAUUACUAAUGUUGUUUUGGCAGAAAUCUAUUGAUUCUUAGAUUUUAGCUUAAAAAUUUUGAGAUAUAAUCCUUAAUAAGAAAUGUCAUAAACCAUGAAAUUUAAGCUAAAUUCUAAUUGGCAUCUGUGAAUUAUGAUUCUACUUUCUGUGAUUGUCUAAGCACUCCAUUGGUGAUUCAGAUAAGCUAAAUUAUAAGAAGAGAAUAGUGAAGUGCAAGAACCGAUGCUAUAUUCCUAAAACGUCUGUCUCCCCUUGAUUGUCUAACUACUAUGAUAUUUCUGGAUUUCCAGCAAUAAAGGCAGAGAAAGAAGUCAAAAAAGUUAUGAGAGAUAUGAACUGUUCCAUCGGAGAUUUAUUUAAACAAACCAAGAUUUUGACUGAAGCCUUGGAUUUCGAGAUAAAAUUAUUGACUGAAGAGAAGGAUUCCUUUACUAACCCAGAACAAAAGAGAGGAUUCGAGAUAAACCAGGUGAUUAAGACUAUCCAAAUUAAUAAGGAUUUGAUUCAAAUGUAUAAAGAAAUUUCAAAGCAAGCAAUCAUGAAAGCAGAAAAUGCGAGAGCUGAGAUCUCUGAAAAAUGUUACAUGACUGAUGAAAUAAGCUCUCGGAUUGAUGCAAUGGUGAAAUUUUAUUCCAUGUUUUAGUCCCUCCCUUAACCUAGUUUUGGGCUCUCUCAUAAAGUAUAAGCUUUCUCUUAAGAAUCCAAA